GUUGGUGCUGUCAAAAACCGCAAAACAAAAUAGCUUGCAUUUUGUGUACGAGGACAGUCCGGAAACAAUUAGAAUCAAUUUAAGGGGAAAAUUACUAACAUUUCAGCUUCAAAAUGUCGCUCUCGGCGAAUAUAAGUGUCGAGGCACCGAUAGAAAAUCAAAUACAGGAGAUAGCCUACGAUGGUACAGAGAUUUACCAGCUUCCGCCGACCCUCUCGGAACAUCUGGCAAAGUGUGCCACCAAGAUCGACUUCAGCAAAACCUCCAGCGAUAUCGAUCUGCUGCAGCAAUCAAUCAAAAAGGAGGAUGAAAAGAAGGAGGAAGAAUCGAAAGACCCGAAGGAACAGUUCCAGUCGAGCCUGUGGCCCUGGGACUCGGUACGCAACAAGCUGAAGGAAGCGCUGACGGAAGUGUGCGUACUGUCGGACGUACUAAACAUUGCCAAGGAAAAGCGCUACAUGGUGCUGGAUCCGAUUCCGCAAGAACCGCCGGAAGUGAAGCAGAUGGUACUGGUGUACGCACGCAAGAAAGCGCUGGCCAGUGCGGCCAACAUACUGCAAAGUGGGGUGGAGCGGCUGAAAGCGGUCCAGAGCGACCAGGGUGUAAGCCGCUCCAACUCGACCGAUUUUCACAUCGAGCUGCUGCGGUUGCGGCGCAACUGGAGGCUGAAGAAGGUUUCCAACACUAUCAUCGGAGAUUUGAGCUACCGGACGGCUGGCUCGAAGUUUAUGCACCCGGGCAUGUUCGAGGUGACGAAGGCGGAGGAUGAAGAGUCCGGUUCGCCGCCGGCCAGCCCGUCCGGGUCGGGGGCCGCCGGGACGGUCGCCUGCCCGAAGAUCAACUCGGCGCUGCGCGUGAACGUGCCGACCGAGCUGCAGGGUGUGGCGUUCAUCAAGGUCAUCACGCAGAAGGACCAGGAAGAUCUCUGCACCGCCACGGUCAACAUGAUGGGCUCGACGCAGCUGGUACCGCAGGCCGGCGCCUGGCAGCAGACGCUCGAGUACGCCCAGAACGUGCUGUUCUGCAAGGAGCUGUUCAACCAGCUGGCCCGGGAAGCGGUCCAGCUGCAGGCACCGAUCCCGCACGUCGUCGUGGGCAACCAGAUCCGGGCGACGCUGCUCCCGGGCAUCCAGCUCAUCAUCAGCCUGUGCCACUCGACGUCCUCCGAUUCGAACAACAGCUCGGAACCGAUCAAAGAUCACGACCACGUGCUGGAGCACAGUUUGCACCAGCUGCUGCGCGAGUUUCACCACAAAAACACGCACCACCCGUUCCCGCACCCGGCCAGCGGGCCGCUGGGCCCGAGCAAGAAGCGUAUGCUGGCCGGGCCCUCGGCGUACGAUCGGCACGAGCUGCUCGAGAUGACGAAAUCGCAAACGCUGCUCGAGCAGAUCAUUGCCCAGGCGCAGCACAUUUUCACGCGCCGCCGCACGCAGUACGUGCUCGAUACGGUGGCGCGGGACGUGAAGGACCCGAUGAUUACCUCGCACUGGAACGCGAUGAACAGUCCGACGAUGUCGUGCGUCAAGAUUAACAUCACCUCGCACGGGUACGAUGCGAACCUGCGCACCUCGCUCGUAAUCCACGUGAAGGAGCGCUCGCUGAAGUGUAUCUGUCGCGACGGGCGCAUCAUGCACAUGUCGUACGAGCCGCAGGAGCUGCGCGAUCUGAUCCUCUGCCAGAUUAGCCAGCACCAGAUCGUGUGUUUGCAGAAUCUGGCCAAAUGCAUGGCGUGGCAGAUACUGUCCAGCAGCAGCCAUCUGGGCAUUGGGUCGGUGGAACCGCUCGGCAAUGCGAGCUCGUGCGUGCUGGCGUCGCCGAACAGUGAUCGGCUGAUUGCGGUACAGGUGCGGUGCGAUUCGCAGAUCGACGUGAAGGUGUUUAUUGCCCAGAGCCCGGCGAAGGACUUUUUCCCCGGUUCGUUGGUGCAGGGCCGCCACUGGGAGCAUUUGGGUGGACAUUUUAAGGAGGUCCGGUUUGAUAAGAUGGAGGGCAAGAAUUUCCACAAUAAAAUGGAGUUCCUGAUGGCAAGUCUCACCAGCCAGUCGUAGGGAUCCGCAUCGGAACGUGUCAACAACGGUAUCAUCAAUCACUUCAUUCAUUAACACAUUCUUCCAUCACUAUCGUAUUCGAGCUCUACUGAACGCGUAAAUUUGUCAUUUCGAUUCAAUUUAAACAUAAAAAACAACUUAAAUAAUAAAAAAAACAGUAAUUUAAGAACAUA